AUGGUCAUUCGGGCCCAUGGACGCUUCAAGACACUUCGAAUUGAAGCUGACACUGUCGUCGUUCUCAUAAUACAGUGCAAAACUACUUCAGCAACAGAGACUGACCGUGUCUUCAAUAAAGAAGAUGCAGCAGAUAAGUUCAAAAAUAAGGUAAAUCUGGCGGUAUAUAUUGAAGCACAGUGCGGCGACACCUCACGAUUCGUCCACCGGCAGCUGCUACCAACAUGGGAAAAGCUCUCGGUCACAAACAGGAUUUCGUUGAAAAUUGUUCCAUUUGGCAAAGCGACGUGCCAACCGACUGGCGAUGACUACAGGUAUCCGAUCUGUUUGCUUGUCAUAACUAAAUCCAGAAGAAUGCGACAUCAUGUUGCUCUCCAUGUCGGUCACUCAUCAUGA